AUGUCCGCCCGCCACGCGAUACAGGCCUGUCGAGCCUGUCGCAAAAAAUGCGAGUACCGCCCCGGUGAUGCCGGUUCAGAGCCCGCGCCCAACCCUGAUCUCGCCUCAAGACUGCACGACUUGGAACAGCUCCUCCAAGGGAAAGGGCUCAGCGACCUGAUGCCCCUGCCUUCGUAUGCAAACGUCAACUCGUCAUUCCCUGCAGCAUUCUUCCUCGACCCAGAUCAUUAUUCCAAAUUUGGCCAACAUGACCUCUCCUCCGAGCAAUUGCCCUGGGCGGAAAAGGCCCACACGCUCGUCCAGGAUGACUGGCGAGAGGUGUGCGAGCGCUUCCUGUCCACCGUCUAUACCUGGUUACCGAUGAUUAGCAAGAAGCGCCUCUAUUCCGAGUUGACCUCUUCUAAUCCUGACACCAGGGCCGGCAAUGCGCUGUUCCUGCUAAGCAUGAAACUGUGCACCGGCAGGCCCCUCCAGUCUGCCGAUAAUUCCUCCUCGUAUGCAGAUAAUGAGCUGUACAGUGCUGCGAGGCAAUGCCUCUUCUGCGCAGAGUCGGGAGGAUACGUGUCGCUGCGGUUGGUCCAGUCCCUCGUUCUCUUGGCGGUUUAUGAAAUGGGCCAUGCCAUCUAUCCGGCGGCGUACUUGACGGUUGGCAGGGCGGCGAGGCUGGCCAUGGUUAUCGGGCUACAUAAUACCAAGCUCGCAACGCAGCUGUUCGUCUUGCCGGAUAUGUGGAGUUUGAGGGAAGAGCAGGGACGGACGUGGUGGGCGAUUUUCGUUCUCGACAAGUACAAAGUCUUGCCCCCGAUCCUGUCACCACAUGUGCUUGUCAGCCUUGGAUCGCCCGGCUUGCCCUUCGCAACGCCGGACCCGUCUGUUGACCACCUCCUGCCUUCCAACGACCGAGACUGGAACAACGGCGUAAUCAGCAUAAACGAACCCGUCCUCGCACAAUCGUUCCACGCCGCCAAUUCCAUUGGGAGUUUUGCAAGAACAUGCCAAGCAGCGCAUGUGCUGGGCAAGACCAUGGCCCACAUCAAUCGCUGCAAGUCGGCCAUGACUGACGUUACCGAAGUUGUUUCGGAGGCGUUGCAUCUUCACAAAGCGCUCGUGGCGUUGGACACCAGUCUCGGCAGCCCGCUCGACUCUUUCCAAGGAGAGGGGAGUUCUGGUCCUGAUUCUGCUGACGUGGAGGACAUGAAUUACACUGCCUUGUCGAUAUGCUGCUCGGCCCGGUACUUGCUCUACACACAGUACGCGUGUAACGAGAGCAACAGGUCCGCUGGCCCAGAGCGCAUAGCACUAGAGGCGGAAGCGCAGCAGCUAUCUAUACAGGGCAUGGAGCAUCUCAGCGGCGUCUUGCUGCCGCAGAUAGCACGGCACAUGGAGCACAUGGUUGCUUCGCCGGCAGUGAGACCGAGUGUGAGUUUUGUGCCGGGGCACAGCAUGUAUUAUUCCGCCAUUGAUUGUGCGUGCUUUUACAAGGAGUUUGGUAGUCGGACCAUGCUGGAUGGCAUCAAGCAGAUUGUCCAAGGGUUCAAGGCGCUGCGGACGGAGUGGAGGGUUGGAGCGGAGUAUUUGGCCCUUUUGGACAAGGAGCACGUGCUUGAGUUGCUUGAGUAA